AUUUUAUGGGAAAUCCUUUUUCAAAUUUAACAAUAAGCAAUAAGCCUUAAAUAAUUAUGCUUGGAUUCGACUACUCAGGAAAAACAACAAUUUUACAUAAAUUAAAAUUAGGAAAUAUAGAACAUCUAGUUCCAAAUAUUGGAUUUAAUAUAGAAAAACUAAUAACUAAAUAAUUUGAAAUAAUAUCUUGGGAUGUUGGUGGAGCAGAUAAAAUAAGAAUAAUUUGGAAACCUUACUAUUAGAAUGGCAAAGGAUUAAUUUAUGUUAUAGAUUGUUCAGAUAGAGAAAGAAUGGCUGAAGUAAUAGGAGAGUUAUAUAAAUUGAUGCUAGAUCCUAUAUUAAAUGGUUUACCUUUAUUAAUAUAUGCAAAUAAAUAAGACUUAAUGAAAUUGAACUCUGAAGAACUAGCAUCUGAAAUAAUGAUGGAGAAAAUUUCUAAAAAUUGUUAUAUUUAACCUUGUUGUGCAAUUACAGGAGAAGGUUUAAAAGAUGGACUCAAAUGGAUGUAAUAAUAGAUAAAAUGA